CUGAGAUUCCUCCUGCCGCGAGAACGAUUUUACUCUAUUUUUUCCCGAAAGUAGAAAAUGGCUGAUGGUGAAGACAUUCAACCCCUUGUCUGUGACAAUGGAACUGGAAUGGUUAAGGCUGGUUUUGCUGGGGAUGAUGCACCGAGGGCUGUGUUUCCAAGUAUUGUUGGCCGUCCUCGCCACACUGGAGUGAUGGUUGGAAUGGGACAGAAGGAUGCAUAUGUUGGCGAUGAAGCUCAAUCCAAGCGUGGUAUUCUAACCCUUAAAUACCCAAUUGAGCACGGUAUUGUCAACAAUUGGGAUGAUAUGGAAAAAAUCUGGCACCAUACUUUCUACAAUGAGCUCCGUGUUGCUCCCGAGGAGCAUCCCAUUCUACUCACUGAAGCACCUCUUAACCCAAAGGCUAACCGUGAGAAGAUGACUCAGAUCAUGUUUGAAACCUUUAAUGCUCCUGCCAUGUAUGUCGCCAUUCAAGCUGUCCUGUCACUUUAUGCUAGUGGCCGUACUACGGGUAUUGUGCUCGACUCUGGAGAUGGUGUGAGUCACACGGUCCCUAUCUAUGAGGGUUACGCUCUUCCGCAUGCCAUCCUACGUCUUGAUCUUGCAGGUCGUGACCUGACAGAUGCUCUGAUGAAGAUCCUCACUGAGCGUGGUUACUCUUUCACCACAACAGCUGAGCGUGAAAUUGUCAGAGACAUCAAGGAGAAGCUUUGCUACAUUGCCCUUGACUACGAGCAGGAGCUUGAGACAGCUAAAACCAGCUCUGCUGUAGAGAAGAACUAUGAGUUACCUGAUGGGCAAGUGAUCACCAUUGGAUCUGAGCGUUUCCGUUGCCCAGAGGUUCUUUACCAGCCAUCUAUGAUCGGUAUGGAAAAUGCUGGUAUCCAUGAAACCACCUACAACUCCAUAAUGAAAUGUGAUGUUGACAUCAGAAAGGACUUGUAUGGUAACAUUGUGCUCAGUGGUGGAACAACUAUGUUCCCUGGAAUUGCUGACAGAAUGAGCAAAGAGAUCACUGCUUUGGCACCAAGCAGCAUGAAGAUCAAAGUUGUUGCACCGCCCGAGAGGAAAUACUCUGUCUGGAUUGGAGGAUCCAUCUUGGCCUCCCUCAGUACCUUCCAGCAGAUGUGGAUCGCAAAGGCAGAAUAUGAUGAGUCAGGUCCGUCGAUUGUUCACCGGAAAUGCUUUUAAGUUUGAGGUUAAGUCUGCUUCUGGAGAAGCCUUGGGGGUUUUCCAAUUUAUCCUUACUGGGUUUUUAUCUUCGUUCUCUGCUGUUCUUUGUUUUUGUUCUUCAAUAUUUUCAGAUUCUGGCCUAAGACAUAUUGAAGAACUUACAUUUAUCUGUUUGUAGUUGUGGUUAAAAAUGUUGUCUUGUUCCUUUUAUUUCUGUUGGAUAACACAACUGUGUUUGAGUGAAUAAGAACACCUAAUUUUC